CGAAGGGGGCGGUGACGUCACCGCGCCGGCCCUACUCAAGGGGGCGAAGCGGUGGCCACCAUCUUUCCGGCCAGAGAGAGCGCGCGCGCGCGUGAGGAGAGGAGAGAAGCAGAAGCCAACGGGGGGGUCUGAGGGAGCCGCGGCCAACGCGAAGCGAAACCACCGGAAACGGCAGCUACAAGAACAGCCAUCAUGAGCGACGCCGAAAUCGUCACCGAGGCCCUCGCCGCCGUCGCCGCCGUCGUCGACGCCGUGAACGACGCCGCCGAGAACGACUCCGCCGUCAACGACGACGACGCCGCCGCGAACGACGCCGAAGAGACGCAGCCGCAGAAGCCCGAGAAGAAAGUGAUCGCCACCAAGGUGCUCGGAACGGUGAAGUGGUUCAACGUGAAGAACGGCUAUGGCUUCAUCAACAGGAACGACACCAAGGAAGAUGUGUUCAUCCAUCAGACGGCGAUCAAGAAGAACAACCCAAGGAAAUACCUGCGCAGCGUGGGUGACGGGGAGACGGUGGAGUUCGACGUGGUCGAGGGGGAGAAGGGAGCGGAGGCGGCGAACGUGACGGGCCCCGACGGCGCGGCCGUGCAGGGCAGUCGCUACGCGGCCGACCGGGGCCGCUACCGUCGUUCUUACCCACAGAGACGGCGCCCCAACAACCAGGAGGGCGGGGAGAAUGGAGAAGGGGGAGACGCUGCGGCCGUUGAGGAGGAGGCAGGAGCAGCGCCGGCGACGAACCGGCGCCCUCUCCAGGGACAGUUCCGCCAGCCGUACCAACGCGGUGGGUACCGCCCGCGCCCCCGAGCUCCGCAGCAGCAGCAGCAGCAGCAGCAGGCGGAGGGGGAGGAGGCCGGCGGAGAGGACAAGGAGAACCAGGCCCAGCAGCGGCGCCCCGGCGGCGGGUACCGGCGGCCGUACUACCACCAGUACCGUCGCACGCAGCAACCACGCCGCCCGGCACAGCCCAAACAGCAGCAGGAGGGGGCGGCGGCGGAGGGAGCGACGGCGGAGGGAGCAACGGAGGCGGUGACGACUGCGACGGAGGACUCCAGCAACAAGGGCUCGGAUGAAGCCCCCACCUCUGCCUCCACCCCGGCCCCCGUCUCUGCCCCUGCCUCUGCCCCGGCCUCCGCCCCCGCCCCCGCCUCCGCCCCCGCCUCCGCCCCCGCCCCCACCUCCGCCCCGGCCCCCGUCGUGGCUGCCGAGGCGAUUACUGAGGAGUGAAACCAACCAAGAGAGCCCCUCCCUCAUCCAGGCGUUUGCCGGAUGAGCGAUCCACCCGAGAGAAGUAAGAUCGCAGAGGAGACCGGCCGGGCUCGUCCUUGUGCACACGCGUCUUGACACUGCAAACGCGACGUUUCAAAAUCCCCUUUUUUCUUUUUUUUUUUACAAAGAGCCAAGUACCCCCCCCCCCCCAUCACCUCUCCACCCCCCCCCUCCUCUCCGGAUCUCCUCUCCUUCCUCCUACUGACAUUCUCAAUCACUCUUUCCCCCCCCCCCACCACCAUCUCUUAACCGAAUUUCAUGGUCAAUUUGCCAGCAGGUUUGUUUUGUUAUAUAAAUAAAUGAGUUAAACAUGCUCAGGCGCUGAGAUUUAUUUUUUAUUUUUAUUCAACCUGUUCCGUGUUGGUACCGUACAUUUUUUUCUUCGCUUCCCCCCCCCCCCAACGAUGUCCUGUGUUUUAUUAAACAACGCGUUGGUUUUGUCAACACUUGUGGCAACAAAGACGGUUAAUAAAUUGAUUGCCAUCAACGUA